UGAGACUUCUAAAUGCACUUUUUUUAGCAUUUUAACAAAUUCACGUAGAGUUGUUUUGUACGAUCUCAUUCGCAACUGAGGACGCGACAGGAUGUUCUAUUCAAGACUAUUCGUUCUGGCAGGUUUGUUUGUUUCCGUCUUAUCGAACGACCCACUCUUUCGAACAAUUGACUUCGGAAAAUGGACGUCGUGGUCAGAUUGGGGAGAAUGCUCCGUCACCUGCGAUCGAGGUGUUCAAUACAAAUCGCGAAACUGUACGGACGGCAUUGCUGGCAAAGGGAAGUGUAACGGGUUGGCUUGGGAGGCGAGAGCUUGUGUCAAAAAGUCAUGCGAUAGCAACAGUACAAUAGCAGUAACGCAAACGGUACCGACCACUCCUACUCCAACUACGAAACGCCCUAAGUCUUACGUGAGAAAUUGCUACCACGAAAACCGGGCGGCCAGCUACAGAGGAUUCACGUUCAGAACUAUUUCGGGCCGAUUUUGUCAACAGUGGACGUCUAACUUUCCGCAUGUUCAUUCUUACACUCCGAGCAACUAUCCUCAGGGUGGGCUUGGUUCUCAUUCAUAUUGUCGAAGUCCAGACAACGAUCACAAACCGUGGUGUUUCACAAGCGAUCCAGCGAAGAAAUGGGAAUACUGCAACAUUAAAGAAUGCUCAGAACUUCCUUUACCAACCACCACCACAACCACUACUACCAAAGAACCAGUGACGUACACCCCAACACUCUGCUUUGAUAUGCGACACCCAUACAGCUACAGAGGAUUGGUCUCAACAACAUCAAGUGGACAGCCAUGCCAGAUAUGGGAUUAUAAUAAGCCGCAUUCACACAUAUACACGUCGUCUCGGUUCCCAACCAUGGGUCUUGGUUUCCACAACCAAUGUAGGAAUCCAGAUGGAGAUCUGAGGCCUUGGUGCUUUACAACCCACCCUGAUAUUCCGUGGGAAUAUUGCAAUGUACCAUCUUGCAAUGGUCCCACUACUACCACUACACCAGUCUGGACAACUACCUUUUCAACGACAACCAAAAUGACAAUUACAACACCCAGGCAACUCCCAGAUGGUUGUGGAAGAUCCUUAUAUCCGAUGGCUUCCUCAUUUCGAAUCUUUGGAGGUGUCGAAUCUGUGAAAGGCAGUUUACCUUGGCAACUUUCCUUGCGUAAAACAUCCGGGAACUCGCAUUACUGUGGGGCAACGAUCAUCAGUACGCAUUGGGUGAUUACAGCCGCACAUUGUAUAGCUAGCCCAGACCUUCCACAUACGUAUUACGCAAUGGCUGGCAAAUAUUAUAGGAACCUUAGGAACGAACCGGGAGAGGUUAGAAUCAAUUUCCAGAUGAUAUUCAAGCACAGGUUGUUCAACGCGCAAAUUCUUAACAAUGACAUUGCACUAAUGAAGGUUACAGCACCAAUCAUCUUUACUAACAAAAUCCAACCUGCGUGUCUUCCAACCACGAAACAGCCACCUCAAGAUCAGCGUGUUGUCAUUGUAUCCGGCUGGGGAAGAACCGAAACUGCCGGUUCCAGUAGCGUGCUGAUGCAAGCUAGCUUGAAAAUCAUAUCUGCAGCGAGAUGUAGGCCGAUGCAUGACAGUCUGGACGAAGGAAUGAUGUGUGCAGGUUAUACUUCAGGAGGAAGGGAUUCUUGCCAAGGUGAUAGCGGAGGUCCAUUGAUUGACAUGAAUGAUAACAACGGUAGAUAUGAGAUUGUUGGAAUCGUGUCUUGGGGCAUCGGGUGUGGUCUGCCAAAUAAACCAGGCGUUUAUACACAGGUGUCAUAUUACCUGGAUUGGAUCAAUUGGAUCAUGUCUUCCUACUAGUUUCAAACGAUUCCAAUAUUCCAAAGGUGAUUUGUUGGUGAUCUCGAAACGCUUCCAUAUUUCCAGCAACCAGAUUUACAAUUUUUAUGAACAAUAUUACUAUUUCAGUAUUUUUAUUACUCUAAGAAAAGAGUUUGCCCAUCACAAAAAUACAUUAUUGAAAAAAAUA